CAGACGCCGCGAGAAGUUUUUAUAUUAACUUUUAGUCCUUAACUGAAUGAGUCGUCACAGCGUCGACGCCAGUCUGUAACAUGGCGUCGAAAGCAAACGUCACCUUCCCCGUCCUGCUCGCGUCCGUCGUGCUCGUCGUGGCCACCGUGGUCAGACUGCGCCUGACGCCCAUCGGCAGAGAGGUCAAACGCCACCUGGGCUACCACGAGGACUCCUACCUCAACUUCACCGAAAUAGCCACCAAGUACGGGUUCGAUUGCGAGGAGCACGCAAUCACCACUGAAGACGGAUACAUCCUCACGGUAUUUCGAAUCAGAAGAAGGGAUUGCGCUCGGUAUAAGAGACCACCGGUGAUUCUGAUGCACGGCCUCCUCCAGAGCGCUGACUCUUGGCUGGACGCUGGCCCCAAAUCGGGCCUGGCGUAUCUGAUAGCGGGCCAGUGCCACGAGCUGUGGGUCGGCAACCAACGCGGCAACUACUACGGCAGGCGACACGUGCGACUAAAUCCAGACCGAGACGCUGAGUUCUGGAGAUUCGCCGUACACGAAAUAGGUGUGUACGAUAUCCCGGCUACGAUAGAUUACGUUUUAAAAAACACCGGAGAAGAGAAGCUGAACUACGUCGGGUUCUCCCAGGGCGCCGGGACCUUUUUCAUCAUGUGCUCAGAGCGGCCGGGCUCCUGCGACAAGGUGAACGUCCUCGUGGGGCUGGCGCCGGCGGCGAGGCAGACGCACACUAGAUCGGCCCCCUACAGAGCGUUGGCUACAGGGAUAAAUAAAUUCGAAGGACUGCUGACCUCGAUGGGCUUUCACGAACUUUUCGCCAAAGGUGCGAUCGAGCAAGAGUUCCUCUCUUUCCUGUGCAAGUUCCGUGCGACUUCCGAGGCUCUCUGCGGGGUGUUCUUGACUAUAAUAGACGCGUUCCACCCCGGCUCCGUGAGCGGUGAGUCCCUCCGAGUGUUGUACGGCCACUUCCCGGCAGGAACGUCGACUCGCAACAUGGCGCGAUACGGGCAGAGCAUGCAAUCGGACAAAUUCCAAAAGUUUGAUUAUGGAAGAGAAAUGAAUCUCGAAAUGUACGGAGCGGAGCGGCCGCCGAGCUACAACCUGAGUGCAGUGACCGUCCCCUUUGUCGCGCUGUACGGCCGGAACGAUCACUUGGCGGACUCAAAGGACGUGCAUUGGUUGGUGCAGCAGUUGCCUAACGUGUUGGAAGCUGCGGAAGUGGCCGACCCUCUGUGGAAUCACCUCGACGUGACGUACAGCCAGUUCAACAGACGUUUGAUCUUUCCCAAAUUGAAUCAGUAUUUGUCGAAGUUUAGUGAUUAAUAGAUACUAACUGGUAGCUUAAUAAAUUAAUGAAAGUUUGAUCUCUAAAAUGAAGUCAUGUUAUUUCGUACGAACUCUAAGUGUAAGAUUUAUUAAACUACAAUUUAUAGGCUAUGUUGUUAUAACUCCAUAAUUAGAGAGUUGAGUUGCUCACAGCUUCACAGUUAAUUAUUUAUUUAGUAUUGUUGUUGUUUUUGUUAUUUACAUAGUUGAUAACAACCGGAUAUUGAGAUACAUGUUCAUUUGUAGUAAUUUGCAUCAUCAUCAGUGGUCGUCGUGUUCACGGUCACGACUAUUUGUAAAAGGAGAGUUUUAAAUGUUUUCUCGAUGUAUUUUAUUUUUUUGUAUACUUUAAUCGUCGGUGCAAUCAGUUUAUUCUUGAUACUAAGGACAGAUUUAUAAAGGUCGAAUUAUUACUUCCUUUAAAGUUUCGAGUUACGCCUGUCCAGGUUACCAUAAUAAAAUAAGGAAAUACUUAAUUUACUUGGACACAUUAAACACGAAUAUAAUAUUUUUAUUAUCACGAUAAUCACAGAACGUUUCAGGUAAAAAAUAAAUUUUUUCGAGUUCAUUUUAUGACUGAUUUUUUUGUGAACAGGUCUUAUCUUAAUUACUGUGUUUUUAGACAUGUAAUCAAAAUUAGGUAGUAUCGUAAUUAUAAUUGUAGUAUAACUGUUUUUUGCGUCAAAAGAACCUCAAUGUGUGACCAAAAAUAUACUAAUGAGAAAUACCGGCGCUGAGUCGUCAUUUUGGCAUACCAAUACCCAGCGUCAUUCGUCAAGUCCUGCUUAGAGUUUUUCUGCAUUUAACGUAAUUGCCGUAUUUGCAAUGGCAUGGACUUUUUGUUGACGACGUGAAAACGAAGCGACGUCAGGCCAACGAUUAAAAAAGUUUUGUUUCCUUACGUAUAUCUUAAAUCUUAUUUGAAUUUUCGUAUACCUAAUUUCUAUUAAAUUUUGAAUGUGAUGAUUGUGAUUAGAUACUUAGAGCAUUGUUCUCUCCUUUGAGUUCGACAGACUGUGAGCUUAUCAGACCUACUUAGUAAUGCACGUGUAAGUUACUAGGUAGUAUUAAUGUUAUCAGGUAAACACAGUGUCGAGUAAAGUCCGUCAUAUCGUGUCGGUUCACCUUGAUAAUGAGAAACUGGUUAAUCAAGGCACUGGAAAUUGCUUGCGAUGUCGUCAAUAAUGACCUCGAGGAAAACUGUUCUCGUUUCAGCUUGAGUUCAACAGUUGACGACCCCGUGGCGCACUGAGUAGUGACCCUGCCUCUGCUUCGACGGUCGUGGGUUCGAUUCCCACAACUGGAAAAUAUUAGUGUGAUGAACGCGGGUGUUCCAGUAUCUGUGUGGUUUUAUAUUAUAUUAUUUAUAAGUAAUAGUUCUGUUCCUAUUUAUAGUUCAAGAAUAAAACAAUAAUUCAAUUUGUAUGAACAUUUUUAGACCGUGACCGUGCACUGUGAAGGGCUGAAUUGGCAAGCAAAUUACUUUUUGUAUUUUACAUUAUUUAAAUUUAGUUCAUUAAAUAUAAAUAAUUAUAAUAUAUGAUGUAAUGAGCAGAUUGUGUAUAUUUUUCAAAAUAUUAUUUGGGGAUUUUAAUACUGAUAUUUUACAUGUUAAUUCAUAUUUAGGUUUAUCUAGCUAUCAUUUAUUUUAUGUUAUAUAAUUUACAAAAAAAAGUUACGAUUUCAGAUUGAGUUAGGCAAUAAAGGAAAACAAGCAUU